AUGCUCCGCCAGAUCCUCAACCAGGCCAAGAAGCAUCCCAGCUUGAUCCCCCUCUUCGUAUUUAUCGGAGCCGGGGGUACUGGAGCAGCGCUGUAUGUCACACGGCUGGCAUUGUUCAAUCCAGAUGUCUGUUGGGACAGAAAGAAUAACCCAGAACCCUGGAACAAAGUGGCUCCCAAUGAGCAAUACAAGUUCUACGCAGUGAAUGUAGAUUACAGCAAACUGAAGAAAGAAGGUCCAGACUUCUAA